AUGCCGGGGAACUAUGACGCGCGGCGGGCCGUGGUCGCUGGCGCUGAUAUUAGCCUGCCUCGCAUUCGUAAAUCUCCUAUAGAAAGCAGCGGCGAAAACCGAUUCGUUCUCGGCAGGUUGCGUGCCGACGUCUCUUCUCUUCUAGACACACAACAUAGAAACAGCACACCCAAGAUGCUGUCAGAUAUUCAACCCGGGAGCUCCAGGCUCUCGCCUUUUAUCCUAUGGCCUCUAGUAGUAAUCUCACUCGUUGUCAUCGGCCUCCUCCUUCAAAUCAUCUACAACGUAACAUUCCACCCUCUCUGCAAAUACCCAGGCCCCAAAUUAUGGGCCGCUACCCGUAUCCCCUACGCGUUGAUGGGCGCCCGCGGCCAGACGCACAAGGAGAUUCUCGCUCUCCAUCAGUACUACGACGCCGAGAUCAUCCGCGUCUCGCCUAACGAGCUCUCCUUCCAGCACCCAGACGCGAUGAAGGAGAUUAUGGGCCACCGCAAGGGCAAGACCGAAGAGAACGCCAAAGACCCGGACUUCACCGACAAGAACCACAUGGACAUCAUCUCGGCCAACCGCGAGGACCACUCCCGCUACCGCCGCAUCCUGUCGAACGGCUUCUCCGCCAAGAGCAUGCAGGAGCAGCAGCCUAUCAUCAAGAGCUACAUUGACCUCCUGAUCGAGCGACUCCACGGUAUCUGCAGCAAGGGCCCUGUUGAUGUCGUGGCGUGGUACAACUACACCACCUUUGACAUUAUUGGUGAUCUCGCUUUUGGACAGUCUUUCGGAUGCCUUGACAAGUCUGACUACCACCCCUGGGUCAAGCUGAUUUUCACCAACAUCAAGAUGAUAUGUUAUGUCAACAUUGCCAGGGGAUUCAAGGUCCUUGAACCUAUCCUCAAGGCCUUUAUCCCCAAGGAAGUCAUGAAGAAAGGCAUGUCUCACAGGCUGUUCGUCCGUGAAAAGGUCGACCAGAGAGUAUCUCUCGGCACAUCGAGGCCUGACUUUGCGGAAACCAUGCUGAAGAAGGGAGCUCAGCCAAUGAACAUGCCAGAGAUGUACGAGAACGCAAAUGUUCUCAUCGUCGCCGGCUCCGAGACAACAGCGACAGCCCUGUCUGGCUGCACCUACCUCCUUCUCACCAACCCGGACAAGCUGGCUAAGCUGCAAAAGGAGAUCAGGACCUCGUUCCAGAACGAAGAUGAGAUUGACCUCCUCAGCACCGCCAAGCUCGAGUACCUCCACGCCGUCCUCGAGGAGACUCUGCGGUCUUACCCUCCCGUUCCCGUCGCUCUGCCGCGUAUCACGCCGCCCUCUGGACAAGAGAUUCUUGGACAAUGGAUCCCUGGAAAUACCACAAUCGGCGUCGCUCAUUGGGCCCUCUACCACAACGAAAAGAUAUUCUCUAAGCCUUUUGAAUUCCACCCGGAGCGCUGGCUCGGAGACCCGGCCUUCGCCGACGACCACCUCGAGGCCCUCAAGCCCUUCCACAUCGGGCCCCGCAACUGCCUGGGCAUGAACCUCGCCUACGCGGAGAUGAAGAUGAUUCUCGCCAAGGUCAUGUGGAACUUUGACCUCCAGCUGGCUGCUCAGAGCAAAAAUUGGAUCGACCACGACGUCUACCUUCUCUACAACAAGCCGCCACUGAUGGUGCACUUGACGCCGGCGGUUAAGGCUGCAGAGUAA